AUGAUCACGUCAUCGUGCCACCGUUAUCUUCUCUUUCCUCCUGCAUCCCUCCUCCGCCGAGCUCAAUCGCCGCUUUCUUGCCCCAACUCUUGCACCCUCCUGCCGACUGCGACUGCGACUGCGACUACGCACCACGCACCUCGAUCUAAACACCGUCCGUCCCUUCCGUACCAGGCCGAGCCCGACACGGCCAUGGCAGGGCUUCGAAAAGGGAGCGUGGUCCGAGGGCCGAACGACGCGAGAAAGGAGACGAUGAUGGCCGAGGCGGCAUCCUCGGAGCGCUCGCCCCUCUUGGCCCCUCACCCGGCAAGCCGAGCGCAGCAGGAGGAGGCGGAGGAAGAGGGCUCCGCAAGCCAGGACGGCUCGCGGCAUGAGAGCGAGGAGGAGACGAUACUGGCCAAGGAGCUCCCCUUUGCGAGGCUGGCCCUCGUCUUGGGCACCUCGUGGCUCGGCGUCUUCCUCGGCGCCAUCGACACGACCAUCAUCGCCACGCUCUCGGCGCCCAUGGCGAGCGAGUUUCACUCCCUCAGCCUCUUCUCCUGGCUCGCCACCGCCUACCUGAUAUCCAACGCCGCCUGCCAGCCCAUCUCGGGACGGCUGACGGACAUCUUCGGCCGCGGCCCCGGUCUCGUCUUCAGCAACGUCACGUUCGCCGCCGGCAACCUGAUAUGCGGCCUCGCCCGCGACGAAUACGUCAUGGUCCUCGGCCGCGUCGUCGCCGGCGUCGGCGGCGGCGGCCUCAUGAGCAUCUCGACCUUUCUCGGCUCGGACCUCGUUCCUCUGCGCAAGAGGGGGCUGGUCCAGGGCAUCGGCAACUUGUGCUACGGCUCCGGCGCCAUGCUCGGCGGCAUCUUCGGCGGCCUCAUCAACGAUCGCACCGAGAUGGGCUGGCGGCUGGCCUUUCUCGUCCAGGUGCCCCUCUCCCUGCUGUCGGCCGUCGCCGUCGCCUUCCUCGUCAAGGUGCCGCCGAAGCAGUCGGACAAGUCGUUCCUCGCCCGCAUCGACUUUGCCGGCGUCCUCCUCACCUCCUCCUUUCUCGUCCUGCUGCUGCUCGGUCUCAACUCGGGCGGGAACCAGGUGCCGUGGACGCACCCUCUGCCCCUCGUCACCAUCCCCCUCUCGGCCCUCACCUUUGCCGCCUUUCUCUGGUGGGAGAGCAGGGCGCGGCAGCCCAUCAUCCCCGUGAGGCUCGUCCGCGAGCGAACCGUCCUCGCCGCCUGCUUCUGCAACCUGUUUUCCACCAUGGUCCUCAUGGCCGCCGUCUUCUACGUGCCCCUCUUCCUCCAGGUCUUGGGCGACAGCGCCACCGGCGCCGGCCUGAAGAUUCUCCCCUCGCCCGUCGGCAUCUCCGUCUGCUCCGUCGGCGCCGGCUACCUGAUGAAGAGGACCGGCCGCUACGUCGGGCUCGGCAUCGCGAGCCUCGUCGUCCUCGUCGUCGGCAUCGUCCUCUUCACGCUGCAGGGGAGGGAGACGCCGCUUUGGCUGACGGGCCUCGCCUUUUUCUUCGUCGGCGGUGGGUACGGCGCCAUGCUCACCACGACGCUCCUCGCCUGCAUCGCCGCCGUCGAGCACUCGCAGCAGGCCGUCGUGACGUCGGCGACGUAUCUCGCGCGAAGCCUCGGCGGCACCGUCGGCAUCACCGUCGCCUCCGCCGUGUACCAGAACUUGCUCCAGGCGCGGCUGUGGGAGAGGUUCGGGGCGUACCCGGGAGCGGCCGACGAGAUUCACCGCAUCCGCAACGACCUCGACGAGCUGAAGCACCUCCCGGAUGGGUGGUACGAAGGCGUCAUCGACUCCUUCAUGGAGGCGUUUCGGGGCGUCUGGCUGACGUUGCUCGCCAUGGCGGCCGCAGCCUUUGUUUGCGUCGCCAUGAUGAGGCAACACACGCUCCACUCGACGCUGGAAAGGGAAUGA